AUGUACGACCUUGAUGUCCAUGCCCAAAGGAAAGAGGCUGCUGAGAAAGAGGCUGCUGAGAAAGAGGCGGCUAAGGAGGGUGCUGAGGAAGAGGGUGCUGAGGAAGAGGGUGCUGAUGAGGAGGGUGCUGAGGAAGAGGCGGCUAAUGUGGAGGAAGAACCGCAUGUGGUGUCUAAUGAUGAAUUGGAAAAGCUAAAGAAAGAUAUGAUACAAGGCUAA